UUUCCAUAAAAUAUAUUUAUUGAUAUUUAUCUAAUUAAUCUUUUUUUAAAUCAUUAUAAUUUAUGUAAUAUGUAAGAAAAAUCUAUAACUUAACUCAAAAGUGUUUGUUGGUUAAUUUUUAUGUAAUUUUGUCAAGAUUUUUUUUAUUUAUUUACUUAAAUUGAGGCUUUGUAAGUAAUUCAAAGUGUGCCACAGGAUGUAUUCAAUUUCCAUGUAUUAAAAAUUCAAUGCUUCAAGGUUUUAUUUUUUUUAAUAGAUUGAAUUUUUAAUAUUAAUCAUGAAGGUCUUUAGUAAUUGAAAGUUUCAACUGGAAAUAAAGUAUUUAUAAUUAAAUUGAAGAAUUUAUUAAAUUUUUUUUAAAGAACUAUUUAUAGCAGGUUUAUCAUGAUUUAUCAUUUUCCCAAUAGAGUUCAAGUUGAAACUAAAAUCAAAUUUCUGUAUUAUAAUAAAACCUUACUUCCAUUAAAGCUAAUUAAGUUUUUGCUUUACUGUAAAAUUUAUUGAAAUCGAGUUGAAAUUAAUUAAUAGUAUAUGAAUGACAAAAUAAAAUAAAUUUAAUGGCCUAGCAGCCCAUGAUAAAGAUCAAUAAAAAAAAUUAAUUAAAUUUUCUUUUAUUUACAACUGAAAUAUUUAAUUUUGUGUGCUAAUUAUUUAUGUCAUAUUACAAUUUUAUAAAGUAUAUGUGUAUAUUAGAGCUCUGCAUUGGCCAGGUAUACCCGGGUUAUAAGCUAAUAAGCAUCCAUUGAACGAUUAAACAAGUCACAUUAUAUUCCUGUGUGAUUAAAUGUCAAUACAUUAAAUUGUAAUAAAUUCAAAAAUUAUAAAAAUACAAACUUAAUGUUACUGAGUCAUCAUAAAUCAAUACAAAAAAAUUAAGGGGAUGUUAGUAAUGUACUCAUGUAAUUCUUAUAGAGCAUUUUUGAGGUAUUUUAAUAUAAUGUAGUGAUGAAAUUGUAUUUUUAGUUAUAAAAACUUGUUACUAUUUUGUUAUUUAUUAUCAUGACAUUUGCAGUUUAUUUGGAUUUGUUAUUAUUAUUAUUAUGUAUUUUAAAAAUCUGAUGCAGUAGGCCUAAUUUUUAUAAUAUGUUGAUACUAAUGAGCUGGGCCUGGAAUAGACCAAAGUUUGUCAUUUUAUCAUUGAGGUGGAGAAAUUAUACUUAUUUUUGUAAAUUGUUGUGCUGGCCUUAAAUCAUGGCCUAUUCAGAUCUCUGAUGUGUUUAUGUAUUUUUACAAAUUAUUUGUUGAAUAUUUUUAUUAGGAAAUUCAUGGAUAUCAACGACACUUGGGUUACACUGUUGUUUCAUGGAUGGUUACAAUUAUGACUUUUGGGGGUCUUCGUCUGGUUUUCCAUUGGUGGCCAACAUUAAUGCUUUUUACCACUCAUGUAAAAUGUUCAUUAGAAAUGGCUCAAAAAGUCCUAAUUGUGGAAACUCAUAAAAAAAACCAUAGAAUAGAACAUGUUGCUGAAAUUGAUGUUAUAAACUCUUCUUCCUUAUUACCGAGUUAGUACAAGACGAUUAUUCUGUUACCAAUGUGUGUGUCCCUAUUGUGUUCAAACAGUGAAGCGUGCCAAGGAAAUGGAUGGGACAAGAGUGCAUAUAUCGAAUUCAAGUCAAUUGGUGAAUCAGCAAAACUGUCAGUCCGUUGCCCAAAUGGAACAUUCAAAGAUCUUGAAGAAAUAAGACUGUUUGAUUUCAAGAAGUAUCGAUUCAUUUGGGAUAUGGAUGAGAAAAUGUUUUAUAUGCUGACAGGAAUCGAUCAAAAUAUUGAUACUCAUGUUCUGCAUGAAUUGAAAGGAUUAUCGGCUAGUGAGCAGUAUCUUCGUCGAGCUGUCUAUGGUUAUAAUAUCAUAGAUGUACCGUUACAAAGUGUUUGGUCUUUAGUUUUUACUGAAGUUUUAAAUCCAUUUUAUAUUUUUGAAUUGUUUUCAUUUGUGUUAUGGUAUUUAGAAGAUUAUCUUUCUUAUGCAUCGGCUAUAUUUGUUAUGUCAUUAGUCAGUAUUGUAACUGCUGUUAUUCAAACUAGAAAAAAUCAACGAAAUUUAAGAAGUACUGUUCACUCCAGUGAUGUUGCUAAUAUAAUACGAGAAAGUAGUGUGAUAACUGUUCCUACAGAAUUGUUAGUACCAGGAGAUAUUCUGGUUAUACCUAGUCAUGGCUGUGUUAUGCACUGUGAUGCUGUUUUGCUCACAGGGCAUUGUAUUGUUAAUGAAAGUAUGCUUACUGGUGAAAGUGUUCCUGUAACAAAAACGCCAUUACCUGGAAAUCCAAACCUAAAAUUUGACGUUAAAGAACAUGCUCGUCAUGUAUUGUAUUGUGGAACAACUGUUAUUCAAACUCGUUUUUAUGGUGAAGGACGUGUAUGUGCUGUAGUAGUAAGAACAGGGUUCCACACUAGUAAAGGUGAUUUAGUACGCUCAAUAUUGCAUCCAACACCCGUAGAUUUUGAAUUUGAGCGAGAUAGUUACAAAUUUGUCCAAGUAUUAGCCGGAAUUGCUGCAAUUGGAUUUUUGUACACUGUUUUUACUAAAAUAUCUCGAGGUGUUUCUACAAAAUCAAUUUUUUUAAAUUCAUUUGAUCUUAUUACUGUUGUGGUACCUCCAGCCUUGCCUGCUGCUAUGACUGUUGGACAAAUGUAUGCACAAAUGAGAUUAAAAAAUCAUCAUAUAUAUUGUAUUAGUCCAAGAUCUAUAAAUGUAGCUGGAUCAAUAAAUUGUGUUUGUUUUGACAAGACUGGCACAUUAACUGAAGAUGGACUAGAUAUGUGGGGUGUAGUGCCUACUGUAGAUACAAAUUUUUUAUCAAGCUUUAGAAAUGUAACAACCAUGCCAACUGAUCAUUUACUUAUGUCAGCAAUGGUAACUUGCCAUUCAAUCACUUCAAUUGAAGGCAAACUGUCUGGGGAUCCACUUGAUUUGAAAAUGUUUGAGUCAACGGGAUGGUUGUUAGAAGAGCCUAAGACAAGUGAAGAUAAUCAAUUUGAUUUAGUUAUGCCAGUUGUCGUACGGCCUCCAAAUAAAGAUACCUAUACUACUGUUGAACAUGUUGGGCAAGAAAUUGGUAUUAUUCGUCAGUUCCCAUUUAGUUCAAGUUUACAAUGCAUGAGUGUUAUAGCCAAACAUUUAUCAUCAAAUUCUACUCAUGUAUAUACUAAAGGAGCCCCUGAAAAAAUUCUUGGUCUUUGUAAUCCAAACUCUAUACCAUCAGAUUUUGACCAAGUUUUACAAAAGUUUACUAAAGAAGGUUACCGAGUAAUUGCAGCUGGUUAUAAAGCUUUAAAAAAUAAUUUGAGUUAUGUAAAAACUCAACGACUUACAAGAGAACAAGCAGAAUGUGAUCUCACAUUUUUAGGUUUAAUUAUAUUGGAAAAUAGAUUAAAGCCAGAAAGUGCUAGAGUAUUAUCAGUACUUCGAUCUGCGGGUAUAAGAAUGAUAAUGGUCACUGGUGAUAAUAUGUUAACUGCUCUAAGUGUAGCAAGGGAUUGUGGUAUUGUUUUACCUUCAGAAAAUGUUAUUACUGUACAUGGAGUAACCAUUCCACCCUAUUUAUACUUCACAGCAGCUAAUAUGGCCAAUAACCAAACAAUAAAAUCAAACUCUUUAAAUUCAGGUAAUCUUCAAUCUUCUAUAAGAAAUAAAGAUUACAAUGUAGAUGUGUUAGAAGCUGGCUUAUUGAGCCCUAGUAGUACUACAGCCAAUACUCCAAUGGAAAGAAGUUCUCAAAAAUAUAGCUUUGCAUUAACGGGUAAAACUUGGUCACUACUUAAGCAAUAUUGUCCUGAAUAUAUACCAAAAAUUAUUACAAGAGCUUCUGUAUUUUCAAGAAUGAGUCCAGAUCAAAAACAACAAUUAAUUCAAGAGCUGCAAGGAAUUGGUUACUAUGUUGCCAUGUGCGGUGAUGGUGCUAAUGAUUGUGGAGCAUUAAAAGCAGCACAUACAGGCAUAUCUUUAAGUGAAGCUGAAUCAUCAGUAGCUAGCCCAUUUACUUCUCGGAAAGCAUCUGUUGAAUGUGUUGUUAGAACUAUUCGUGAAGGGCGUGCUGCUCUAGUCACUUCCUUGGGUAUAUUUAAAUUCAUGGCUGGUUAUUCUUUGAUACAAUUUGCUUCUGUCAUAAUGCUCUAUUCAAUUGAUAAUAAUUUAACAGAUAACCAGUAUUUGUACAUUGAUCUUAUUACUAUAUCAUUAUUUGCAUUUGCUAUUAGUAGGACACCAUCAUAUGAAGGUGCAUUAGUCAAACAAAGACCUGAGACAUCCUUAGUUUCUGCUUUACCAUUAACCUCAUUGAUUGGACAGUUAAUUAUUUCUAUAAUAUUUCAGUUAAUAAGUUUUACUAUAAUCCAAUAUAAUGAUUGGUUUAUUCCUUACGACUCUAAUUCAGCUUCACCAGAAAGUUAUGAAAAUUAUGCAAUUUUCUGUUUGUCUGCUUUACAAUAUAUAAUCAUAGCUUUGGUGUUCAACAAAGGACCUCCAUAUAGACAGGGUUUUCAAUCCAACUGGUGUUUAACAACUGUAUCAGUAGUCAUGCUAGUAUUUACUACUUAUAUAUGUAUAUCACCAGCCGAGAUCAUAAGAUCAAUAUUUGAACUGAAAAUUCCUCCAGACAAUACUUUUUGUUUUAUUAUACUGCUGCUGGGUUUAUUUAAUUUAUUCCUAUCUGUUAUUCAUGAAAAAAUAUUAUGUGAUCGUUUGCUUGUCAAAUUUUUAAGCUCACGAUCUCAUAAGUGUAAAAACUGGGUAAAAACAUAUGCAGGUUUAGAAUAUGAAUUACAAAAAUCACCUGACUGGCCUCCUAUAAGUAAUGAUCGUUUUAGUUCUUCUUCAUCAUCUCCAUUUUCAUAUACAUCUCCAGAUCAAUUAUCUCCAACUACAAGAUCAAUUGCACAAUCAAAUGGAUAUUCUUGUAAUAAUGGUGUAAAUUUAUUGCAUCGUCGUUUUCAUUCUGAAAGUGAAGAUUCAACUUAUGCUACUCCAGCUGGAAGUUUACAACACAUAUGACUAGUGUUAAUUUUUAUGAACUAUUUAAUUUGUACUUAAAAUAGUUACCCUUAGAGUUUUUGUAUUGUUAGAAAAUUGUAGUAAUUUUAUAAUUGUUUUAUCAAAAAUCUCACUUUAGUACUCUUUUACAAAAAAAAAAAUGUUACUAUUGAGUAAUGUUAUUAAAUAUUGGUUUGACCAGUUAUAUUUCUAAAUUUAAUAUGAAUGUUGGUAUUAAUGUGUGUUCACUUCAUUUUUUCACAUUGAUUAAUAUUAUGUGUUUAUAACUUAUCAAGAUCACUCAAUAAUUAAAUUCUAUUAAUUAAAAAAAUUAAUUUUCUAAUGGUAUAUUAUGUACAUAAAUAUUGAUUGUAACACAAAUUGUUUAUUUUAUACAAUAGUUAUUAUGAAAAUUUACUUAUUAGUCUUAAAAACAACAUUGUAUUCUAAAAUUUUACUUUUUAGAAGCCAAAUUAAUAUUUUUUCUUUUUUUUUUUUAUUAAUUUAAAAAGAAGUAUUGUUAUUUAUUAUAUUUCUUGAACAAUUAAAUUGAAAAAUAGUAUAGAUGGAAUAUUUAUAUACUAGAAUUCGCCUAGCUAAGGUUCUCUAAGCCUCAUGUGUUUUUGAAACAUAAGCUUCUUAUUAUUAAAUCUUUAUAAGUAGGAUUAUGUAUACGGAAAACUAUUGCAUCAAAAUCAGUGUAAUAAAAAUUGAAUUAUUAAAAUUGGGGUAAUUUAUAAAGAAACAUUUAAAAUUGUUCAGAAGCUUUAUUUAAAACUUUAUAGCAUUUAGAAAUUAUGAUAAUUUAAAAUUUUAAAAUAUAGUGACAAUUAAGUUAUUCUCAUGGCUUACA